AUGAAGACAUAUGAAGCUUGCACUCGCAGAGGAAUGUGGUGCGCUAGUGAAAUGAAGAGACAGAGAAACGAACUUGAUGAAGUUACCAUUACCCUUAGAGCCCUUGGCAUGUUCUGUAAGCAACUUCAACUACCUUUGUCUCAUAACAUCGAUGAAGUUACCCUUACCCUUGCUGUCAAGGGGACCCCAAACCCGGAGGACAAAUUCACGGUUUCUUGGAAUACUAUUCUUUCGGGGUUUCGAACAAGUGAAGGUGCAUUGAAUUUUGCUCAUAGGAUGAAUUUUAAUGGAGUUGUUUUUUAUCUAGUGACCUAUACUACGAUUCUUGCUUUUUGUGCGGAUCAUGAAGAUUUUCUAUUUGGAUUACAACUGCAUUAUCUUAUAUUUAAGUCUGGUUUAGAUGGUGAUAUUUUUGUUGGAAAUGCACUUAUAAGUAUGUAUUCGAGGUUGAGGCGGUUAAUAGAAGCUAGGAGUGUGUUUGAUGAAAUGGCGAAUGAGGAUCUGAUUUCAUGGAAUGCAAUACUAUCAGGUUACUCUCAAGAGGGAAAUCAUGGCCUUGUGGCGAUUUUUGUCUUUAUUGAGAUGGUGGCAGAAGGGAUGGGGUUAGGUCAUGUCUCAUUUACUAGUGCAGUUUCAACUUGCGGACAUGAAAUGAAUUUAGAACUUGGGAAACAGAUACAUGGCUUGGCAAUUAAAUCUGGAUAUGGAAGUCAUGUUUCAGUUUGUAAUGUAUUGAUCUCGACAUAUUCAAAGUGUGAGGUUACUGAAGAUGCAAAAUUAGUCUUUCAGUGCAUGAAUGAUCGCAACGUAGUGAAGUUGGUGGAGGAAGGCGAAAUGAUUCAUGGGUAUUGCAUAAAGACUGGCUUUUUAUCAAAGCAUAAUGUUUGCAACAGCUUGAUCACCAUGUAUGCUAAGCUUGAGUCCAUGCAUGACUCCAUCGAAGUUUUUGAGGAGCUAAACAUCAUGGAGUUAGGCGGCCUGGGCGGUUCUAGGAGGCGCCAAGGGGGCCGGGGCGGUUCUAGGCGGCGCCUAUGCGGCCUGGGCGGUUCUAGGCUGCGAGGAGGAAUGUGGUGCACUAGUGAAAUGAAGAGACAGAGAAACGAACUCAAUGAAGUUACCGUUACCCUUAGAGCCCUUGACAUGUUCUGUAAGCAACUUCAACUACAUUUGUCUCAUAACAUCGAUGAAGUUACCAUUACCCUUGCUGUCAAAGCCUGUCAAGGGGACCCCAAACCCGGAUGCCAGAUUCACGGGUUUGCAGUUUCUUCUGGGUUUGCUUCGUAUACUACGAUUUCAAAUUCUUUGAUGUGUAUGUACACCAAAGCUGGACAGUUUGAUGGUCCCUUACUUAUCUUUGAGACUAUGUGCUAUACUGAUAUAGUUUCUUGGAAUACUAUUCUUUCGGGGUUUCGAACAAGUGAAGAUUUUCUAUUUGGAUUACAACUGCAUUCUCUUAUAUUUAAGUCUGGUUUAGAUGGUGAAGUUUUUGUUGGAAAUGCACUUAUAAGUAUGUAUUCGAGGUUGAGGCGGUUAAUAGAAGCUAGGAGUGUGUUUGAUGAAAUGGCGAAUGAGGAUCUGGUUUCAUGGAAUGCAAAACUAUCAGGUUACUCUCAAGAAGGAAAUCAUGAGCUUGGGGCGAUUUUUGUCUUUAUUGAGAUGGUGGGAGAAGAGAUGGGGUUAGAUCAUGUCUCAUUUACUAGUGCAGUUUCAGCUUGCGGACAUGAAAUGAAUUUAGAACUUGGGAAACAGAUACAUGGCUUGGCAAUUAAAUCAGGAUAUGGAAGUCAUGUUUCAGUUUGUAAUGUAUUGAUCUCGACAUAUUCAAAGUGUGAGGUUACUGAAGAUGCAAAAUUAGUCUUUCAGUGCAUGAAUGAUCGCAACGUAGUGUCUUGGACAACUAUGAUUUCAAUAGACGAAGAAGAUGCCAUCUCUCUAUUUAAUGAGAUGAGAUUGGAUGGAGUAUAUCCAAAUGAUGUUACAUUUGUUGGACUAAUCCAUGCUAUAUCAAUUAGGAAGUUGGUGGAGGAAGGCAAAAUGAUUCAUGGGUUUUGCAUAAAGACUGGCUUUUUAUCAAAGCAUAAUGUUUGCAACAGCUUGAUCACCAUGUAUGCUAAGCUUGAGUCCAUGCAUGACUCCAUCAAAGUUUUUGAGGAGCUAAACUGCAGAGAAAUCAUAUCGUGGAAUGCUUUGAUUUCAGGGUAUGCUCAGAACGGGCUGUGUCAAGAUGCACUAAAAACAUUCUUGGUAGCAACUAUGGAGCCGAAGCCAAACAAUUACACAUUUGGUAGUGUGUUGAGUCCAAUUGUGACUGGCCCAAUUAUCGCAGGUGCUCUUCUUGACAUGUAUGCAAAACGAGGAAGCAUUUGUGAGUCCAAAAGAGUUUUCAGUGAGACGCCUCGUAAAAGUCAGUUAGCUUGGACUGCAAUAAUAUCUGCAUUUGCUGGGCAUGGAGACUAUGACUUAGUGAUAGAAUUGUUCAAGGAGAUGGAGAGAGAAGGGGUAAGACCUGAUUCAGUCACAUUUCUUUCUAUACUAGCAGAAUGCAGCAGAAAUGGAAUGGUGGAGAUGGGCCGUCACCUCUUUCAUUCAAUGGUGAAAGACUAUCAUAUUGAACCAUCUCCUCAACAUUAUUCAAGUAUGGUGGACAUGUUGGGACGUGCAGGGAAAUUGGAGGAAGCAGAGAAAUUGAUGAGUCAGAUCCCGGGACAGCCAGGGUUUUCGUUGUUGCAAAGCCUACUUGGGGCUUGCCGGAUCCAUGGGAAUGGGGAGAUGGCGGAGAGAGUAAAUCAUUACACUUUCCAGCCUGUACUAUCAUUCCAUCUCUCAUGA